AUUAAAAAGUAUAAACAGCUGUCAAAAUGGAAGAAAGAAGAAUGGAAGCUAUCGUUUAUUUUCAUUGAUUUUUUGUGAUAAAACUAUAAAUUAUGGUGAAAUGCUUGGUUUAUUAUUAAUUGAUUAAGUUAUUUUUACUAUUGUACUCACUUAGUCGCAAGAUACUGGUCAGGUUACAUUGUCUGGAUUCAGUCAAAGGUUAUUGUUAAAUAUGCAGGGUGAUGACCCCCCCUUCUUGCCGGUUGGCACUGAUGUGAGUGCCAAGUACAAGGGAGCUUUCUGUGAGGCUAAGAUUAAGAAAGUUGUUAGAAACAUUAAGUGCAAGGUAACUCUUAAAGCUGGUGGUACAGUGACAGUGAAUGAUGACGUCAUCAAGGGCACACUGCGGGUGGGGAGCACCGUGGAGAUCAAACAGGACCCCAAGAAGGAUGCCAUGGAGGCUGUCAUCACCAAGAUACAGGAUUGCAGUCAGUACACUGUCGUAUUCGACGACGGCGACAUAACAACACUGCGUCGGUCGGCGCUGUGCCUCAAGAGCGGGAGGCACUUCAACGAGAGCGAGACGCUGGACCAGCUGCCGCUGACGCACCCGGAGCACUUCUCCACGCCCGUCAUAGCGGGCAGGCGAGGGAGGCGGGGCCGGGCACAAUCAGACGACAGCGACACCGAGUCCACGUCCCGGCCCUCCAAAGCCGACAGCGCUGAGCGCGAGCCGCACGUCGGCCGAGUAGUCCUGGUAGAAGCAGCGAGCGGGGCCGAGCGGCGGCGCCCGCAGCAGCCCGCCUUCCCCGCGCUGGUGGCCGCGCCUACGGGACAGAUUAAAGUCAAGGAGGAUUACUUGGUGCGGUCGUUUAAGGAUGGACGAUACUACACAGUCCCCAAGAAGGAGGCGCGUCAGUUCCGCGCGGGCGGCGCGCCGCUGGAGUGGGCGGGCGUGGAGGCGGCGCUGCAGUACCUGCACCACGGCGUGCUGCCGCCGCACUGGGACCGAGAGUCGCUGUUCAGCGAGCCCCGGAACACGUCCGACGAUAGUUCAGACGACGAGCCGCGCGAGGAGAAGGACCACUUCGUGGCGCAGCUGUACAAGUUCAUGGACGACCGCGGGACGCCCCUCAAUAGGAACCCCACCAUCGCUAACAAGGAUAUUGAUCUGUACCGGCUGUUUCGGGUGGUCCAAAAGCUCGGCGGCUACAACCGGGUAACAAACCAGAACCAGUGGAAGACCAUCGCGGACAAGAUGGGCUUCCACCCCGUCACCACCAGCAUCACCAACCUCUGCAAGCAGGCUUAUAAGAAAUUCCUCCACAGCUUCGAGGAGUUCUACCGCAAGCUCGGCGUCACCCUCGUGGCGCACCCCCGCGGCGCCCGCACCCCGCCCGCCGGCAGGUCCCUCAUCCGGGACCGGGACAAGCUGCUGCCCACCUCCUCCAGCGCCUCAUCCACGCCCACCGGCACCCCGCAGCAGCGCGUCAACCGCGAAAAAGACUCUGACAAGAGCGAGACAGACAAGAGCGAGAAGGAAGACAAGGCGCCGAGCGCGCGCGCCAGCGACGGCGAGGACAGCGCCGACAACCAGCCGCUCGCGCCGCCCAACAACUACAAGAUCAUAAUCGAAAAGGAAAAGGAGAAAGAAAAAGAAAAGCCGCCACCGCCGCCGCCGGAGAAAGAACGCGAGAAAGAGAAGGAGAAGGAAAAGGAGAAAGAGAAAGAAAAGGAAAAAGAGAAGCUUCCAGAAGAGAAGCCGCUGAUAAUAAAACCACGCUCGGCGUCCAAGACACGGAGUCUAUCGGCCGUCAAGUCAGAUACCUCGGAGAAGCGGACGCCCAAGCCAAGGAGACCUAUGUCUUCUAAGGGUGAGCCCACUCCGGGCAGCUCGCGGUCGUCGCGGCGGCCGCACGUUUCCACGGACAGCGACAGUUCUGGACGAGCUUCCAGUGUGCUAUCCGGCACGCCCCGCAGAUGCGGCCUGGUGCAGAAGAAGCUGCAGAGCCGCCGCAGCCAGAGCGCCAACUCGUGCAGCAGCGGGAACACAAUCGCGUCCAAUAGCAGCAAGCGACCCAGGAAGCGGAAGAUUACUGAACCAUCAACAAGCGAGCCACGUCGUAUAGUGGGCACGUCAACAAAGGCGCAAGUGGGCGACAAACUGAAGGUCUAUUACGGGCCCACACAGUCAGAGUCUAAGGUGAGACAGAAAACUAGCGUGGUGACAUACGAGGCGAAGGUGAUCGAGAUAUCUGCAGAGGGCAUGCUGCGGGUGCACUACACCGGGUGGAACACCAGAUAUGAUGAGUGGAUCAAGCCGCAGCGGAUAGCGUUGAACGUGUCUCAGCAUGACCGCACGCAUAAUAAGAAGAACAGCAGCAGCACACGGCGAGUAAGAGCUAAGAGGACUGAAGAAUCGUUGGCUCGCACGGACUCCGACAGUGACUCGGACAGCGCGGGCGCGCCGCGCGACCACAAGCGACCGCCCAAGAAGUUGGAUGAUAAAUCAUUGUCCAGCAGUAAACCGCCAUCGCGUCCCAACAAGGACUCGGGCAAGUCGAGCGACAGCAACGGGUCCAGCAAGCCGCGCAAGCGCCCCGCGCGCCCCGCGCCCCCCUCCCCCGCCAAGAAGCCGCGCCCCCCGCCGCCCGGCCACCAGGGCCGUGACUACGACCUCAACGAGAUACGAUCAGAACUGAAAGGACUACACACAGUCAAACAGGAGCCAGAAGACGCAACUAAGACUGAGGAGAAAGAGGUCACUGGCCAGCCUGAAACACAACCUGAUAAGCAAGCGGAGGAUGUUUACGAGUUUAAGGAACCGGAGCCUUUUGAGUUGGAGCUGCAUGAUGAUAAGAAGAAGCGCACGCAUAGAAUAUUUGACGAUAUUUCUCCAAGCAAGUACACGUCGACGUUGUCCAAGUCGCUGAGUGAAGAGAUAUCAGAGGACCCGCUGAGACGGCCGGCGUUGAGGUCCCCAUCGCUGUCGCCCUUCAGAGACUUCUCCUCUAGGGAAGUCCCCGGCCAGAGCCCUGAGGAGGACUCCAAGGACGCAAUGUUCUCAAUGGACGAUGAUUCCUUCCCAUUCGAGGGCAGCUCCGGACCGAUAUUCGAAGGGUUCACGCCGGCUAAGAACCAAGAGACGUAUUCUAAGAAAAGCAAAGUGUCUAAGCUACGGGAGCUGAUAGAUGACUCUCCGGACAGCCCGGCUGAUGACGAACAGUCUUCAGACGAUUCUGAUGAGAUUAUGAAGGAAGACGUGAAACCGAGAGAGAAGCCCAGGGACCUUACACCAGAGCCACCGGCUCCGCCUAAGAGUCCUGAAACUCCGAAGUCUCCGGUUGUAGUUAAAGAAGAACCCAAGGAACCCAAAGUGUUGGUUCUAGAAGCACAAUCGCCUAAAGAGGUGACGCCAACUAAACACGAAAUACCUAAGAAUACUCCUCCAAAACCAGCUGAGACAAGCAUUCACUUGGCUAAUGUGAAAGAUGUGCCCAACAUUGAAUCCAUAACGAUUAUCAAGCUAAGUGAUUUGUCGCUGCCGUCGAUUAUAAAGAGAAGUGACAUUCCGCUGCCGAGCUCGCCGGCGCCCAGCCCGGUGGUGCCACUCGACAUACCGCUGCCAAGCGAAAAUCCACCCAAAGAGAUGGAGACUAAAGUCAAGGUUGAAGCUAAGAAAGAGAAAGUUGAACUCGAAGAGAAGGAAAAGAAAGCUAAGAAGAGCGAACUGGAAGACAAAGAAAAGAAAACCAAAAAGGCAGAGGCAGAGGAAAAGGAAAAAAGAGCUAAGAAACUUGAGCAAGAAGAAAAGGAAAAGAGAGCUAAGAAGCUUGAACAAGAAGAGAAGGAGCGUAAGGCCAAGAAGCUGGAACAAGAGGAAAAGGAAAAGAAGAAGAAACUGGAACAGGAAGAGAAAGAGAGGAAAUCUAAGAAACUUGAACAGGAAGAAAAGGAGAGGAAAGCCAAGAAGGCUGAAGCAGAUGAGAAAGCUAAACUUAAAGAAGAGAAAGCAAAAGUUAAAGAAGAGAAACCAAAGGUUAAAGAAGAGAAAGAGAAGGUGCAACCUGAGCCAGUGCCAAGUCCAAAAACACCAAAGAAGAUUGAGCCGCCUGCUAGUCCGCUAGUCGAUACAGAAGAGGAUAAAUCAGAACCGGACAGUCCGGCCCGGAUCGACGUACUACCGGACCCGCCGCCCGGGUUCCUUCUACACUCAGAAGGACCUAAGAUAGCAGAGAAACUCCUCAAAGCCAUCAACAGCGCUAAGAGACUGUCCAUGUCCCCACCGCCAGCCACCGCCGACGCCGCCGACCGACCGAAAACACCCAAGAAAGAUGCUCUCAAAGUUACCAAACCAGACGCCAAGUCUUCUCUAUCACCCGUUCCAGAAAACAAAACGCCACUUGGCAAAGAAAUGAUCAAACCACAAUCCAGACCAGGCUCAGCCAAGAAAGAUCUGGCUAGAAAGACACCAGACGCACCUGAUUCUAUAUUUGGCGAGCCAUCCAAAUUUACGGAUGCCAAACGUGAAUUGAGUGACAUCAAAAAGGUUAGGCCUAAGGAGGCGUCGCCACCAAGACUUCAGAGUCCAUUGAGUGUUCUAGAGAGACGUAAGAGUGUAGCUGAACUACUAGCGCCGCAAGGGAAGAGCAAUAAGGUUCUAAGUGACACCAUACAGAAGUUGUCAAGCCAGAUCAACCAGACCGCCAACAUCAGCCAGAUCCCGCUGCCUCCGUUCCCAGUUGAAAGUAGAAGUGAAUCGAGCGACUCAGAUGAUUCUGAUAGAAGGCUAAUAAUCGACAAGGUGAACAUCGAGGGCUGGUCGGCGGGCGUGUCGCGCACGCACAUCGGCAAGUCCCCGGGCGAGUGGUCCGCCGGCGAGUCGCUGCUCAUGCUGGAAGACGCCUGCAAGAACGAGAGGAAACAUAGCGCGAGCGUAGUAGUAGCGGGCGGCAUCGGCUCGGCUCUCGUAGACGCUUGCAGCGGCGCGCUAGAGCAGGACAGCAACAUCUCGCUGCUGCUGUGCGAGGAGAGCAUCCCCGGCUCGCCCGCGCCCGAGCCCGAGCCCGACGCGCAGGCGCCCUUCGCCUCGGCUGCGCGCGCGCAGACCACUAAAGAGCGUCGCACAGAAGCGAACCCAAACACUGCGAACCCGUCGUGGCGGCGCGAGGGACAGGAGCGCUCGCCCACCGCGUCGCCGCCGCCGCCGCCGCACUCGCCUAUACGGGAGCGCAGUGCGUCGGAGCGCGGCAGCCCGGUGGAGCGCAAGGAGGAGGAGGAUGCGAGGCGAGACGAGACGCCCAUGGAGAUCGACAAGCCCAUCGUAGGCGUCCGCAGCCGCAAGGCCUCCGAGAGCUCGGGCGCGGGCGCGCCCCGCCGCGGCCGCCGCCCCCGUCGAGACACCGACGAGGCGCCCGCCCCCGCGCCCGCGCCGCCGCUCAAGUACAACUUCUAUGUCGAUCUGGACCCGUCGUGGGACAGUCAGAAGCGCAUCAACGUGCUGACGGGCCGGCUGGCGGAUCUGCGCAAGGCGUACCACUCGGUGAAGGCCGAGCUCGCCGCCAUCGACCGGCGCCGCAAGAAGCUCAGGCGCAAGGAGAGGGAAGCUGUGAAAGCGGCAAAAGCGGCAUGCUCUUGAUGAAGGGUGAAGUAAGCUUAUCGCAGUGCCGACGACUUGGAUCUCACACGACAACACUCUGGCUGAGGAGUCUUCAUUCCUGGUUCCUGCCCUUACGUUGCUUCUUAUUUAAUUUUAUAUGAAUAUUUUCUAUAAAAUAUCCGUGACCAAAAAAUGACACUCUCAAAGCUUUUUGAUGGAUAUUUUUAUGAUCAUUUCUUAUGUAUACUUAUUCAAUUAUGAAAUAUUAGGGCAGGAACCUUCGAUGUGAACAUUCCGUGGACUGACUUGUACCGUUGCGGUUAUUCGUUGUAGAAUAGCCAACGACAGGAUUUCAUUUGUUAGAGCGUACUUUGUAUCGGUUUUUGAAACGUCGACCCUAUAAAAAUACAAUAGAUUUGUUUCAUUUUUUGUCGUUUGGCGUUUUGGAAGCCGAUAUGUAUGAAUUCAUAUUAUGAGUAUGCAUUUGUGAGACGAACCAAUAACAAGCCUUGGUUGUUGUCAAGUCUCAUUUUUAAACGCCGCGCAGCCUGAUGGCCUAGUGGGAGUUUUUGCACCGUUGCAGCAGUGAAAACCAUACCUAAAUUUGUAGCAGUGCAGCGAAUAUAAAUCGCGCGCUGAUCAAGGGCCAUCUAUGAUGAAAAUGGUGGGUGGCAGGAGUAUUGACAGUCAUACAAAUAUGGCGAAACAAAAUGAGCGCCAUUUUAAAUUAAUGUAUCUUUAUACUUUAUACCGAUAGGCAGCAUGUGCUAUAAGAAUUUGCUUUUAGUUUUUACUUCUAGAACAGUGCAAAAACUAGAAUCUAUAACCAUGACCACAAGGGUUACCUUUUAUUUUUGUUGUAAAUUUAAUGAUGAAUGAAUGUUAGCAAUUAACACUCAUCAUCGAUAUAUCUCCGAAUCUUAUUUAUGUAUGUAAAUAAACUAAAAUAGGUAUAUCGCUAGAGGUGCCACUCGUG